ACCUCUCUGUUGAAAACACAUACUUAUGUCUCCUUCUCAAUCGUAUCGCAAUUCAUUUUAUUAUCAUCAAAUUCUGUUGCAAACACUUUUUUAAAAAGAAAAUUACUGUAAGAAUAUCAUUUCUCCAUAUACGCUGAGAGUGGAAAGAGCUAAAAGUAAAAUUUUUUAGUAUUUAAAGCAAGGAAACAGAUAAUAAGAUUAUAUUCAUAUUUAAAUUUAAAGGGAUUUAUUUCCAUUCAUAUUUGAUUCAUUUCUACGUUUAGUAAAUUAUUGAGAAAAAUACCAGUUGAAGAAUAAGUGUAGAAAAAAAUCGUCCAGCAUUUAAAGAAUAAAUUGCUAUUAUCUGAAUUUGUUUAUUUUUGAAAACAACAAUCUGUAUUGAACUAGUUUAUUCAAAUGCAACAUCGGAAACAGCGAUAUUGUCGCCCAUUGACGGUAUUGGUUUACAUAUUUUUCUUUUACAUUAUAUUAUGCUGUUUGUUUUCGUUAUUGCUCUACUCAUUGAAUGAAAGAAUAGUCAGGAUCCAGGAAACCACGGCAGGUUUUGCGACAAGAUCGAUAGAAAAUUUUUUUCCCAUUUGUGUAGAUGAUCUGCUUGUUAAGCAAUACUAUCAUUUUGAAAAGUGGGCAAGAAGAAUCUUCAAUACAGAUAGAGUGCUGAUUUCAAAAAAACGUAAGGGAUCUUCUUGUCGGCUGUUACACUAUACCGUAAAACGCGCUGUAACUUGCAUCGAUGUUCUUCACCAAGAGAGUGUAACAAAGACUCGAAGAUUAUCUAAGCUCAGUUUUGUGUUCAUGGGUGAUUCAAGAAUUCGACAACAGUUUUACAAUUUUCUGAAGUUGAUUCCAGACUACGAUCGCAGUACAGAACCACUUCAAAUUCCAAAACUUUGGACUCCAUUUCAUGGAGACGUCGAUGUUUACAGCAGCGUUUUAAGUCUUCAAGUAUCAUUCAAAUGGCGACCAAUUAUCAAUGAAACUGUCUUGGAGAUGAUACGCCAAUGGUCAAUAUCCGACCAAUCCAAAAAACCAAAUUUGUUGUUCUUAGGUAUGGAAGUUUAUCACAUGAUGCAACAAUAUGGUGCUGAUUUUCAGCUUUACUCGAAGAGACUGAAUGAAUUAGCCCCGAUUCUUGGUCAGUUAGCCAGCGCCAGUCGGGUGAUAUGGCUGAAUCAAUAUCCCACUGUUGAAUUCUAUGGGUCUAAUGAUGCAUAUAAUACAAAAAUUCAUUCUGAGAAAGUUCAUCAUUACAACACAGCAGCCCGACAAAUAUUAAAGAAAAGUAGAUCCAGUUUAUGUGAAAAUAUUACGUCUAUUAGACAGUUAAAAUUCAUACAAAGUAGACAAGAUUACAACAUCGAAGAAAGACGUGAAAAAUCCGUAGUAUCGUCGUAUUUUUUCGACCGAAAAAUAGAAACGACGAAGAAUGAAUAAACAUACGUCGUAUAGACGGAUAUUAGACCAGUCGUGCUAGCAGGGUAUAAGCAAUAAAUCUAUACCUCAUAGCUAUUUCCUAUUAUUAACCAAUAUGUAAAAACUGCAGGCAUCCAUUUUUCACUCAUUUCUUUGAUUAGAAAUGAUGGAAUGGAAAUACGAAAAAAAUUGACAGUGUUCCCAAAAAUUGGAAAUUACAGAAUAAAUUUUACGUGAGGUUUUCUGCCUUAAAAAACAUGUUAGCUAUAUACCUGAUGUUGUUCAUUAAAAA